ACCCGUCGCGUUCCGAUAUGACUUUCUUAAACAAAUAUUUAUCUCCCUUGGAAUGAAUGAUAGAACAGUAUAUGUAGCAGAGCCAACUUCAAACAAAAAGGAAAUACAUGUGCCAUCUUUUGAGCAGAAACAUUCUUGGGAUUGCGGAUUAGCAUGUGUUUGUAUGGUAUUACGACAUUUAGGUAUAGAUGACAGUAAGAUUUACAAGGAAGAUCACACAGAGUUAGGCUGUGGAGAUAGUGUGUGGACAAUUGACUUGGCCUUCCUUCUACAGAAGUAUGGUAUUAAGAACAGAUUAACAACGACCACACUUGGAGUAGAUAAAGGAUAUGGUACAUCUGCAUUUUACAAGGCAAGUUUUACAAAAGAUGAGAACAGAGUGAACACAUUGUUUCAGGAAGCAGAAUCAAAAGGAAUAGUUGUUGAGAAAGGAAGUGUAUCAGUGGAUGAGAUUUUGAAUCAUUUGGAAGUAGAUAACUUAGUCAUUGCAUUGGUUGACUGGUCAUACCUGGAGUGUAUAUGGUGUGACAAACUAGGAAUCAGUUGUUUGACAUGUUUAAAACGCUGUACAAAAUGCUGCGAUAGAUACCAAGGUCAUUACAUUGUUUUGUGUGGUUUUGACAGGAAGAAACAUAGAAUAUUUUACAAGAACCCUUCUUAUAAUAAAGAUAUGUGUUGUAGCAGAAUUUCUGAGUUUAACCUGGCUAGAAAAAGUUACGGAACAGACGAGGACACUUUGUUUAUAUAUAAUGAUACAUGAAAUAUAUUUAUAUUUUAAA